AAGCACGCGAGAUUUGACCUCUUGUUUGGAAUUCCCAAAAGAUGGCGACGGCGCCUCUAGCUGAGGAGAGCCUACAGUCGCGUAUCAACAAGGCCACCAAUCCUCUGAAUAAGGAGACUGAUUGGGAUAAUAUCAAGGUUUUUUGUGAUCAACUCAACAAUGAACCAGAAGGGCCCCAACUUGCUACCAGACUUCUGGCCCACAAAAUCCAGUCUCCUCAGGAAUGGGAGGCCAUGCAAGCACUUCUGGUUUUGGAAACCUGUAUGAAGAACUGUGGGAAGCGGUUUCACAGCGAAGUGGGAAAGUUCCGCUUUCUCAACGAGCUCAUAAAGGUGGUCUCACCCAAGUAUUUAGGAAGUCGUGCUCCAGAGCCAGUGAAGACAAAGGUUCAAGAAAUGAUGUUUAGCUGGACAGUGACACUCCCAGAUGAGACCAAGAUCGCUGAUGCAUACCAGAUGUUGAAGAAACAAGGUAUUGUCAAGCAGGAUCCCAUUCUUCCUGAUGACAAAAUCCUUCCACUCCCUCCACCUAGAACCAAAAGUGCCAUCUUUGAGGAUGAAGAGAAGUCUAAGAUGUUGUCUCGCUUAUUGAAUAGCUGUCACCCUGAAGAUCUCAGAGCUGCAAACCAGCUCAUUAAGGAAAUGGUCCAGGAGGACCAGAAGCGUGUAGAGAAGGUUUCGAAGCGGGUGAACGCCAUCCAGGAGGUAGAAGAGAGUGUGAGCCUGCUGAGCCAACUGCUGGAGGGCUACAGCAAGGAAGGCAGCGCACAGAGCAACCAGGAUCUCACUAAGGAUCUUUACCAGCGUUGUGAAAAAAUGAGACCCACACUAUUCCGGUUAGCCAGUGAUACAGAGGACAACGAUGAAGCUUUAGCGUCUAUCUUACAGGCCAAUGACAGCUUGACACAGGUGAUUAACCUCUACAGGGAGCUGGUGAUGGGUGAAAAGAUGACAAGUGAAUGUAUAAACACACCCUCACAACCAGCAGGCAGCAGUAGCUCAGCCCUGUUAGAACUGGCAGAACUGAGUGCACCAGCCAACGCAGCACCAUUCAACCCCAAACCCUCCAACUUAGAGAUCCUGAGUAAGAACAUAGGCAUCAGCCUCCUGGACGAUGAGCUCAUGUCACUGGGACUGAAUGCUACAGAAUCCUGUGAGCCUCAGAGCACGUUACAGUCUUCUGCUGCCCCAGAAUUCCCCUCUCCAACAGUCCCAACUACGGCGUUGCGUCCAGCUGUAGCCCAGACUCCACAGGUUGUAGCAGUGGCACCCAAAGUCAUGGAUGAGCUGGACCUGCUGGGGAAGACAUUGUUACAGCAGUCCCUCCCUCCAGAGAACCAGCAGGUCAAAUGGAGUAAACUCCAGCCUCAUUCUCGGGUGACCUUACGAGAGCUCCAGUCCAAGUCCAACUGCAACUCUGGGCCUGCUCCACCGUCAACACCAACACCAUCGGCUCCUGUGCCCUCAUCCAACGUGGCUGUGCAUGACCAGGCUGACAAUCCUACAUCUGUUGGCGACAAAAGCUUGUCGCUUGCGUCUGGCUCCUGCAACAACAUCUCCCUAGCUGACGUUACAAUGCCUCUGGAAUUAAUCCAGCCAAGCAGCUUGCUGCCAGUGACUGUAUUUGACAAACACAGCCUCCGCAUUUUGUUCACGUACGCCCGUGACUGUCCGCCGUCACGGCCGGACGUUCUGGUGGUGAUCAUUUCCAUGCUGUCCUCCGCGCCAAUUCCUGUCACCAAAAUUCGCUUUCAAGCCGCUGUGCCCAAGGUAAUGAAAGUGAAGCUGCAGCCGCCAUCUAGUACUGAACUCCCAGCAUUUAAUCCCGUCCUUCCUCCGGCUGCAAUCACACAGAUUCUACUACUGGCUAACCCUCACAAGGAAAAAGUACGUUUGCGUUACAAGCUAACCUUCAACCUGGGGGACAACUCUCACGAUGAAUCGGGCGACGUGGACCAGUUCCCCCCUCCAACCACCUGGGGCAAUCUUUAGCGAGAAGGAUUUCCAAUGUCAUCCACCGCUUCCUUGGAAUUUGGGUUGAAGAUGUGCCACAUGACCGGUUCAGGCAAAAGUACUUCUUUGUUAAAGAGACCAGUCGUGUUGGGUGGAAACGUUUCUACCUGGUGCCUUCCUGUCUUUCACGUUUUUUUGUCUCUUCCAUUUAAAUUAAUUCCUUUUAAAUGAGCCAACCUUGAAAUACCGGCGAUCACGUUACGUUAAGAGUGCCUGUUGUUCUUUCCACGAAAGCAUGCGGCAAUGGCAGCUCCACCUUUUGGCAUCGAUGACACGUCAUGAGUGUUGUGAUCACACGGAAAGUGGGGCAGUUUGGCCUUUAUGAAGCAACUCACGCAUUUGAAUGAACCGCAGCUAAAUGGAAGUCGUAUACACACGCUGGACAAGACCUAGAGCUAUAUCCAAAUUUUGUCUUGAUAAGAUGAUCAUGCUUGUUGAUUGGCUGUUAGAAAGGUGGACAUUUCACAAUGUUGUCAUGAUUGUGGUGAUGUAGAACCCCAUCAUGCUUCACUUUCAAAUGCAUUCACCCUCUACGUUGCUGAGUAUAGUAAUUUACAAUACAGUGGAUCAUCACACAGCGACUGAGCAUUCCCGCAGAUUUUUGGUCUGAAGCUUAUUUUCUCCCAAAAUAGUCUGUUUCUGCAGAAAACAUAUCUUGUUCACAAUAAGUUGGGAAUAAUUUAUAGAUGACAUCUUCAUGCCCGACUGGUAAUGUUUUUUCGUGAAGCAUCGAGAUUUUGCACGUUGUUUGGCGGUCCUUGAACGCACCGUACUUGUGAGACGCAAAGGUUUGGCUAGGAAAGCACCAGCUUCAAAAGCUGCAAAACUGGCAGCGCCGUGUUCAUCAUCUUACGUUAUCGUUCAUGAGCGGUGAGUACCGAUAUGUUUUAUACUUGAAAUGCAUUUAAGAAGCGUGAGGCACAUUUAGGGCUGAAACCCGCAUUGUGACCCGAGUGAACAAUGGCAAUGGGUGAUGGAGCUGAAUCUACAGUAAUGUAGUAAUUGCAACAGUCACUUUGAUUGCAAAUAUUCAUCCAAAAUUGCAGAACAUCAAUGUCUGGAGGGGGCAUCAAUAGUUUAACUAUUCGCUGGUGGUCUUUGAACCAUCUACUGUAUUAGAAGACAAUAUUUCCAUUUUGAAACCAAUGCAAACUACAACCUAAUCGUGUUGCUGGUCCAGUGUUCCCUCGCUCUAUCGCGGUUCACCUUUCACGGACUCUCUUUGUCGCGGAUUUUUUUUAGUGCAAUCAUAAUUUUUUUGUUUUGUUUUUUUGUUUUGUGUCUCUCUCGCUCUCGUCCCUCUCUCGUCUGUGUGCACCGCCCAUUGGCUUCUGCGUCCUGAUUGACAAUGGUCUACAGCCAAUCAAUUGCACCCAAAAGGCAGAGGAGGAUGCUAACUAACCAUCGCACAAAAGGUUGGCCUUCUGGACGUGCUGAAGGAAUGUAGAAGUUACGCCGCUGUAGGGCGCCAUUGCGGAAUAAAUGAAUGUUCACUUCGAGGAGGACUGCAGCAGUUUGUUUUAACAAGCACACAACAACGCCACAGUACAGCGGAACGGCGCCAGGACAAAAAGGCACGGUCACAUGAGUGAAAUAAUGUGAGUCACUUAAUUUCUUGUGUCCAACCUUGUAGGUUGAUCAUUAAAAUUCAAGCGAAGGUUUUUACUUUUUUGAGAGUGUUUAAACAUGAAAUGUGAGAAAAUGUUAAUGCCUGUCUGAGAAAAGUAUAUAAAGUGUGUGUAUGGUGAGGGGGUUUACAGCCUUAAAACAUAAGAAUUGUAAAAUAAAGUUGGCUAAUCAGCGAAUUUCACUUAUUCCAGGCUAUUUUGGGAACCUAUCCCCCGCGAUAAACGAGGGAACACUGGAUAGUGAACAACAGCUGUGAUUUCCCGACCUAAAGAAGACAUUCUUAACGUUUUGCAACAUAUUUACAUUAGAUUUCACUCGGGAUCAAUAGAAUGAUAUCACAUGCACUUAUUUGAUUUUUGCACGAGACGCGCCCUUUGCCAGAUUCUUGUCUUUGCUUGUUUGCUGCCUUUCUUCAUUGUUUGACCCAAAGAGGGACACCACAAAGUCCUAAGUUGACAUCUGAUCAGUGAAUCUACCACACGUGCCUGGGAUGAAGGUCAUUCUUUUCCUUUGUGCAUACGUUUAUGUACUGUAAAUCUCUUGUAAUGAUUGUGCAUCAAAUGGUACAUGAGAAUAAUUUACAGCAUGGGUCAACAGCCACUGAGAUUACACAGAUAUUAAAAUAAAGACAAAUAUUGGUGGCGGACUGGAUUGAUUUUUGAUUCUUAACUGUU